CAAAAUACAAAACCAAUUGUUUUGUAUUAAUAAUAAUAAUAUAAACACAUUAUCUGUUAGUAGUUUUUUUGGACAUCAAAACAAUUGAUGACAACACUAUUGGAUCACUAAUGAUGACAAACAACAACAACAAUAUGUCAUCAUUUGAUCGCUUUGGUGAUGAUUUGGCGGCACUUAUACUAACAUAUCUGCCAUUUGAAGAUCAGCUUCGCUUAGAGUGUGUCUCCAAACAGUUCCAGUCGUGUGGUAUUCAACGGCAAACUAGCAUUACAUCCGAUGUCAGAACAAAAAUGAAAUUCAUUAGCAAAAGUCUGACGAAAAAGAAGUACUUCGACAACAAUAAGUGGUUAUCACUGAUGAAGAGGUGUCCAAAUGUUCAGUCUGUAGACAUGUCGUGGAUUGCAGGCCAAGAGUUGUCAGUUUUGCGAGCUAUACAUCGGUUGCGUACAAUUUGGCCACAAUUGCGCCGAAUUGACUGCAAUAUUGACGAUCUGUUUGACGGCAAAGAUAUUCAGUUUUUGUGUAAAGAGUUUCCCGAAAUGAUUAGUAAAAUAGAUAUUAACAAUAGUAAUAGGAUAUCGUUUUAUGAUAAAUCAUUGAAACCAUAUCUGCCAUCGAUGACCAAUCUUCGACAUCUGUUCACUAAUCUAAUAGACCAAACGUUUAUCGGCAAACAAUUAGUGGUCACUGGUUUACAUGGAUUCAGUUGCCAUUUGUCUGACAAUAUGGAGUCAAGAUUUGCAUUGUUUAUCAAUGAUAACCGUCAUCUCAAGUAUUUGUCACUUAAGUACAAAAAACAAAUUGUUUACAACAAGAACUCGAUGAAUACUGUGUUGUCAAUCGUCGGUCAAUUUAAACAACUGAAACAAUUGGAUCUGAGUUUCAAACAAUUGUUUGAUUACUCAAUAAGAAAACCAUUGAUAACUAUUGCCUACUGUUGUCUGCCGUUAAAGUCAUUUAAAUUACAUAUGAAAGUGGAUUCAGUCAACACUUAUAUGGAGACAUACAGUGCCGUCAAACACAUGAAUCAAUUGAAACGAUUAGAUCUUAAGUUGACAUUAGAUAACAAUAAUCAAAUGAUUGAUCGUUCACUGUAUGCAUCGCUACAACCGGUCGACUGUUGGCCACAAUUGACACAUUUGAAACUCAACUUAUCGCAUAUGGACUACCAAUUGUUUACCGAUUUAGACCGAAAUCUACCGAAACUUCAAUACCUAACCAUUUGUGAUCCAUUGGGUGUUUGUGAUGGUAUUUUUAUGUCAUAUAUAUCGAGACUGUCAUCACUGAUAAAACUAACUAUCAGUACAACUAAACACUUAUCGAUAAGUGAGUCGGAUGUUCACCGUGUGAUCAAUGGAUGUCUGAAAUUGAUUUUUAUUAGCAUUUCAGUUACCAUUUGUCGCAAAAAUAGUUUCAUAUAUAACGAGAAAUUAGUUCAGUCAUUGAGGACGACAUCCAAUCAAUUCGGUAAUAUUGCGGUAAUCAAUAACCGCAACAAACGGGACACCACUACUGGUCUUUCAGAUGUUCAAAUACAUGUAGAAGUUAAUAAUGGUAAACAUGAGGACAGGGUAGAGAACAGUCAGGUUAGGAGACAUAAAAAGAGACAAAGAAAACGAAAGAGAAAAAAGAGAAAACAGAUAACAACUACAACCACUCCUACCACUACUACUACUACUACAUUGUUUGGACUGAUCUAUGCAUCUAACAGUUCCCAUCAAAAUCAACAGUUUGAAACUAAUAUAAAUACUACAUAUAUAGCAAAUAGGAUAACAACUGCUGUUUGUGGCACAGUUAGUAAUUUUACUCAACUACCACCGGUGCAACAAUCAGUAGUAGUAGUGGACAGUGGUAUCAAUAAAUCAAAACGUAAGCGUAAAAGAAAACGCAAACGAAAAAUCACAUCAACUACUACUACUACUACAACAACUACCAGUGCUUACAAUAUAGAUAUCAACAACAAUACCAACACUAAUAGUAAUAAUAGUAUAGUACAUGAUAUCGAUGGCCCGACAGCUAUGGACAGGGAGUCGAUGGCUGGCAAUAAAGAUAAGAAAAAGCGUCGAAAGAAAAGUAGACGUCGGAAGAGGAAAAAGACUACAACAAUCAGUCCUACAAUUAUUGCAACAAAUACUACAAAACUGAUUACAAGUUCAAUGAAGACGACAACGACGACGACACCACAAACACCACCGAAAAGUACAAUGCGGUCAAAGGUCAUACAUGUAACCGACGGUUAA